AUGGCUCACUCCUCUGACUACCACAACCAGAGGGAGAUGACCAACGGGGGAGGGCAACCUCUCCCCCACCCUCACAAUGGGGGAGGCUACCCUCCCCCCCACCUUCACAAUGGGGGAGGCCACCCUCACCCUCACAACGAGGGAGGCCACCCUCACUCCCACAAUGGGGGCCAUGGGGGCCAGGCUGGGGGGUCCCACUCGACAAACCGCUACAUGCAGAAGAAGCAUCACCGCCACAGGGGAGGCAGGUCCUCACCCAUGGGCAGAGUCAUCCUCAUCAACUCUCCUGUCGAUGGUAAUAAUAACACUACUGUGUCUACUCCCCCUCCCACUGUACACAGUGUUGUCUGAACUCUUAAGCAUACAAAACUAUAGCCUGCUGAGCUAAAGACCAUUCAUUAGUUCAGGAAAAUAACACAUUUUUACUUACAUCUCCAAUAUUUCUGCUGUAGCUAACAUGUCAAUACAGUGUUUCUACUGCAUUUGAUCUCAGAGUGCCUGUUCCCUCUUGUGUACAGGUGGGGAUGACUGUGAAGACCUCCACACAGUUACAGUAGAUAAGAGUGCAGACGGCUGUCUGGGCUUCAGUGUGAGAGGGGGUUCAGAACACGGACUCAGCAUCUUCGUCAGCAAGAUAGAGGAUGACAGCUCUUCAGGUAGGCCCUAUAACAGAGGGAGGGAGGUGUGUGUAUUGACCCCAUAAUUACCCCUGUUUGUCUUGCAGAGCAUACAGGCCUUUACGAGUGUGUUUGUGUGUGUAUGUGUGUGUUUAUGUGUGUAUUCCUAUGUAUGUGUGUGUAUGCAUGUGUAUGUACUGUAUGCGUCAGUGAGUGUGUGCUUUAACCCCUUCGUCUCUCCCCUCCAGAGCAGGCAGGUCUCUGUGUAGGGGACAAGCUGGUAGAGGUGAAUGGUAUCAGCCUGGAGAGCAUCACUAUGAGCAGUGCUGUGAAGGUCCUGACAGGGAACAACAGGCUGAGGAUGGUGGUGAGACGUGUGGGGAAAGUCCCUGGUAUACGCUACUCUAAGGAGAAGACUACAUGGUGAGAGGGCCUACUGUAAUGUAGUGUACUGUACUGUACUAUACACUUACAGAAAAAAAGGUGCUAUCUAGAACCUAAAAGGGUUUUUCGACUGCCUCCAUAGGAGAACCCUUUGAAGAACCAUUUUUGGUUCCAGGUAGAAUCCUUUUGGGUAGACAUAACGUUCGCGAAAAUCGUUUCCACAGAGGGUUCUAAAUGGAACUCAAAAGGGUUCUCCUAUGGGGACAGCCGAGGAACCCUUCUGGGACCCUUUUUUCUAAGAGUGUACUAAACUGUUAUAUUAUGUCACGUCAUGUACUGUACUGUUAUGUAAUGUAGUUAGCCAGUUCCCAAUAUAAUGGUUAGUUUAGACAGGUCCAUGUGUGUACAUGAGUGUAGUCAUUAAUCGGCAUUCAAGUUCAAGUUCAAGUGCAACCUGACUAGUUCAAGCAACCUGAAGCACUGGAGUGGAGCAGGCGGAGUGUAGAUAAUGAGACAGGCUGGUAUCAUAGACUAGACGUAACAUAGAAAACUAAUACCCAAAUUAGUAUGAUAUGUUAGGUUUGUAUGGUUACUAAGACAGAAGGUUACUUAAGGCAAAAACUAAAGGAGGGUGGUUGGUUGGGGUAAACGCGAACGUCUAGCAUCCCAAAGGUUGUGUGUUCAAUCUCAUUAUGGACAACUUUAGCAUUUUAGCUAAUUAGCAACUUUGCAACCACUUACUACCCUUUAGCUACUUUGCAACUACUUAGCAUGUUAGCUAACCCUUCCCAAAACCCUAACCCUAACCUUAACCCUAACCUUAACCCCUAACCCUAACCCCUAGCCUAGCUAACGUUACCCACAAAAAAAUGGAAUUCCAAAUAUAUCAUACAUAUUGCUAAUUCGUAACAUAUUGUAGGAAUUGCAAUUCGUUACAUAUGAUAUGAAUUGUAAUUCGUAACAUAUUAUAUGAAUUGUAAUUCGUAACAUAUCACACAAAAUGGAUGAUGGACAUCCACAAAUAAUUGCAUACCAUACCAAACGUAACAUGUCAUACUAAUUUGAGUGUCCCGAACUUUCGUUCACUAUGUUACGUCUACCCCUGAGUCCACGUUGCAGGCAGGAGACUACCUGAUGCAUAUGAUCAGUACAACAACAACACUAUACAGAGUACAGGAGGUUGGUGGUACCUUAAUUGGGGAGGACGGGCUCGUGGUAAUGGCUGGAGUGGAAUAAGUGGUAUCAGAUACAUCAAACACAUGGUUUCCAUGGGUUUGAUGCCAUUCUAUUCGCUCCGUUCUAGCCAUUAUUAUGAGCCGUCCUCCCUCAGCAGCCUCCACUGAUACAGAGUUAGUGUAACAUGGUUCCAUAUAAUACAGUGGGGAGAACAAGUAUUUGAUACACUGCCGAUUUUGCAGGUUUUCCUACUUACAAAGCAUGUAGAGGUCUGUAAUUCUUAUCAUAGGUACACUUCAACUGUGAGAGACGGAACCUAAAACAAAAUUCCAGAAAAUCACAUUGUAUGAUUUUUAAGUAAUUAAUGUGCAUUUUAUUGCAUGACAUAAGUAUUUGAUACAUCAGAAAAGCAGAACUUAAUAUUUGGUACAGAAACCUUUGUUUGCAAUUACAGAGAUCAUACGUUUCCUGUAGGUCUUGACCAGGUUUGCACACACUGCAGCAGGGAUUUUGGCCCACUCCUCCAUACAGACCUUCUCCAGAUCCUUCAGGUUUCGGGGCUGUCGCUGGACAAUACGGACUUUCAGCUCCUUCCAAAGAUUUUCUAUUGGGUUCAGGUCUGGAGACUGGCUAGGCCACUCCAGGACCUUGAGAUGCUUCUUACGGAGCCACUCCUUAGUUGCCCUGGCUGUGUGUUUCGGGUCGUUGUCAUGUUGGAAGACCCAGCCACGACCCAUCUACAAUGCUCUUACUGAGGGAAGGAGGUUGUUGGCCAAGAUCUCGCGAUACAUGGCCCCAUCCAUCCUCCCCUCAAAACGGUGCAGUCGUCCUGUCCCCUUUGCAGAAAAGCAUCCCCAAAGAAUGAUGUUUCCACCUCCAUGCUUCACGGUUGGGAUGGUGUUCUUGGGGUUGUACUCAUCCAGAAAAUCACAUUGUAUGAUUUUUAAGUAAUUAAUUAGCAUUUUAUUGCAUGACAUAAGUAUUUGAUCACCUACCAACUAGUAAGAAUUCCAGCUCUCACAGACCUGUUAGUUUUUCUUUAAGAAGCCCUCCUGUUCUCCACCCAUUCCUCCUGUCCCCCUGCUCAAGCCAGCGCAUGUCCAGGACCAUCUGAAGUUUGCCAAUGACCAUCUGGAUGAUCCAGAGGAGGAAUGGGAGAAGGUCAUGUGGUCUGAUGAGACAAAAAUAGAGCUUUUUGGUCUAAACUCCACUCGCCGUGUUUGGAGGAAGAAGAAGGAUGAGUACAACCCCAAGAACACCAUCCCAACCGUGAAGCAUGGAGGUGGAAACAUCAUUCUUUGGGGAUGCUUUUCUGCAAAGGGGACAGGACAACUGCACCGUAUUGAGGGGAGGAUGGAUGGGGCCAUGUAUCGCAAGAUCUUGGCCAACAACCUCCUUCACUCAGUAAGAGCAUUGAAGAUGGGUCGUGGCUGGGUCUUCCAGCAUGACAACGACCCGAAACACACUGCCAGGGCAACUAAGGAGUGGCUCUGUAAGAAGCAUCUCAAGGUCCUGGAGUGGCCUAGCCAGUCUCCAGACCUGAACCCAAUAGAACAUCUUUAGAGGGAGCUGAAAGUCCGUAUUGCCCAGCGACAGCCCCGAAACCUGAAGGAUCUGGAGAAGGUCUGUAUGGAGGAGUGGGCCAAAAUCCCUGCUGCAGUGUGUGCAAACCUGGUCAAGACCUACAGGAAACGUAUGAUCUCUGUAAUUGCAAACAAAGGUUUCUGUACCAAAUAUUAAGUUCUGCUUUUCUGAUGUAUCAAAUACUUAUGUCAUGCAAUAAAAUGCAAAUUAAUUACUUAAAAAUCAUACAAUGUGAUUUUCUGGUCUACAAUUUUAUCCCUGAUGUCCUUACACAGCUCUCUGGUCUUGGCCAUUGUGGAGAGGUUGGAGUCUGUUUGAUUGAGUGUGUGGACAGGUGUCUUUUAUACAGGUAACGAGUUCAAACAGGUGCAGUUAAUACAGGUAAUGAGUGGAGAACAGGAGGGCUUCUUAAAGAAAAACUAACAGGUCUGUGAGAGCUGGAAUUCUUACUAGUUGGUAGGUGAUCAAAUACUUAUGUCACGCAAUAAAAUGCUAAUUAAUUACUUAAAAAUCAUACAAUGUGAUUUUCUGGAUUUUUGUUUUAGAUUCCGUCUCUCACAGUUGAAGUGUACCUAUGAUAAAAAUUACAGACCUCUACAUGCUUUGUAAGUAGGAAAACCUGCAAAAUCGGCAGUGUAUCAAAUACUUGUUCUCCCCACUGUAUGUAUCCUGUUUUGUGAUACCGAGUGUAUCAUAUGCAUCAACAAUGUGUUAAAUGCAUCACAAUCCUUUUGAAAUUGAUCCCAUUAGGCUUAUGGUUUGUGAAUUCUUUAUAAGUAUUACGUUUUUCAUAGUGUCACGUCAAUAGAAUUCAUUAUAGAACAGCUACUCUAGUAUUAUAUCUCUAUGGUCACAUCAGUAUGAAGGUCAAUGACUCUUGAGCGUCACUACUAGGUUAUCAUGCUGCUGAGGGAUCUUGGUUUCAUGGUGCACGGCUAGAUAGAUUACCUCUAUGACUAUGGCUAUUUGACUAAUUGAUAGGGAGGACAGAGCUCACUGGGGAAUGGGGCUGCUGCUGUGUUUGUGUGUGUGUGUUUAUGUGUGUGUGUGAGCAUGUGUGUGUGUGAGCAUGUGUGUGAGUGUUAGUAAGUGAGGAGGGGGGUGUAGUAUAUACAUAUCUGUGUGUGUUUGAAUGUACAGUAUGUUUAUGUACAGUUGAAGUCGGAAGUUUACAUACACCUUAGCCAAAUACAUUUGAACUCAGUUUUUCACAAUUCCUGACAUUUAAUCCUAGUAAAAAUUCCCUGUCUUAGGUCAGUUAGGAUCACCACUUUAUUUUAAGAAUGUGAAAUGUCAGAAUAAUAGUAGAGAGAAUGAUUUAUUUCACCUUUUAUUUCUUUCAUCACAUUCCCAGUGGGUCAGAAGUUUACAUACACUCAAUUAGUAUUUGGUAGCAUUGCCUUUAAAUUGUUUAACUUGGGUCAAACGUUUCAGGUAGCCUUCCACAAGCUUCCCACAAUAAGUUGGGUGAAUUUUGGCCCAUUCCUUCUGACAGAGCUGGUGUAACUGAAUCAGGUUUGUAGGCCUCCUUGCUCCCACACGCUUUUUCAGUUCUGCCCACAACUUUUCUAUAGGAUUGAGGUCAGGGCCACUCCAAUACCUUGACUUUGUUGUCCUUAAGCCAUUUUGCAACAACUUUGGAAGUAUGCUUGGGGUCAUUGUCCAUUUGGAAGACCCAUUUGCGACCAAGCUUUAACUUCCUGACUGAUGUCUUGAGAUGUUGGUUCAAGAUAUCCACAUAAUUUUCCUUCCUCAUGAUGCCAUCUAUUUUGUGAAGUGCACCAGUCCCUCCUGCAGCAAAGAACCUCCACAGCAAGAUGCUGCCACCCCCGUGCUUCACGGUUGGGAUUGUGUUCUUCGGCUUGCAAGCGUUCCCCUUUUUCCUCCAAACAUAACGAUGGUCAUUAUGGCCAAACAGUUCUAUUUUUGUUUCAUCAGACCAGAGGACAUUUCUCCAAAAAGUACGAUCUUUGUCCCCAUGUGCAGUUGCAAACCGUAGUCUGGCUUUUUUAUGGCGGUUUUGGAGCAUUGGCUUCUUCCUUGCUGAGCGGCCUUUCAGGUUAUGUCAAUAUAGGACUUGUUUUAUUGUAGAUAUAGAUACUUUUGUACCUGUUUCCUCCAGCAUCUUCACAAGGUCCUUUGCUGUUGUUCUGGGAUUGAUUUGCAACUUUCCGCACCAAAGUACAUUCAUCUCUAGGAGACAGAACGCGUCUCCUUCCUGAGCGGUAUUACAGCUGCGUGGUCCCAUGGUGUUUAUUCUUGCGUACUAUUGUUUGUACAGAUGAACGUGGUACCUUCAGGCAUUUGGGAAUUGCUCUCAAGGAUGAACCAGACUUGUAGAGGUUUACAAUUUUUUUUUCUGAGGUCUUGGCUGAUUUCUUUUGAUUUUCACAUUAUGUCAAGCAAAGAGGCACUGAGUUUGAAGGUAGGCCUUGAAAUACAUCCACAGCUACACCUCCAAUUGACUCAAAUGAUGUCAAUUAGCCUAUCAGAGGCUUCUAAAGCCAUGACAUCAUUUUCUGGAAUUUUCCAAGCUGUUUAAAGGCACAGUCAACUUAGUGUAUGUAAACUUCUGACCCACUGGAAUUGUGAUACAGUGAAUUAUAAGUGAAAUAAUCUGUCUGUAAACAAUUGUUGGAAAAAUUACUUGUGUCAUGCACAAAGUAAAUGUCCUAACCGACUUGCCAAAACUAUAGUUUGUUAACAAGAAAUUUGUGGAGUGGUUGAAAAACGAGUUUUAAUGACUCCAACCUAAGUGUAUGUAAACUUCCGACUUCAACUGUACAUAUCUAGCAUGUGUGUGUUUCUGCAGGGUGGAUCUGAUCCAGAGGCGUAUGGUAGUAGAGGAGAGUGGUCGUACUCCGUCAGAUGCCAGUUCAGACAGUGUUCUCCGUAGGAUGGUUCACCUCUACACCACCUCAGACGACUACUGCCUGGGAUUCAACAUCAGAGGGGGCAAAGAGUUCGGACUGGGCAUCUACGUCUCUAAGUAUGUGGUCCUGGGGAUGUUACAGGUUGUGCAGGUUUAUGUUCCCACCCAUCACUAGAUGAAACUGCUCAAGCAUACACCACUGUUGCGCUCAACAACAACAAAAAAUACAGUGGAGAUACCUUUGUUUGUAACAUGUAAAUAUAUUCAGAAUUGACUUGUGGGAGAUGAGAGCAGCCCUUAAUUGAAUCUGAACUCUAACUAAUGAAUGGCAACUAUCAGAGAACAAUGUUAGAAGCUCAGAGCUAUACAAAACAUGACUCAAAACAACUGGCCAACUCCAUGACACAUCUUCCUUGACUUCUCUGUGUAUUGUGGUCAGUUUGGACCCUGGGGGUCUGGCGGAGCGGCACGGCAUCAAGAUGGGCGACCAGAUCCUGGCGGCCAAUGGGGUGAGCUUUGAUGGCAUCACCCAUAGCAAUGCCGUGGAAGUUCUGAAGAGCCACACCCACAUCAUGCUGACCAUCAGGGUGAGAGAGAAGACUCGUCUUUGACUGCGUCCCAAGUGGCACCCUGUUCCCUUUAUAGUGCACUAACCCUUUUGGGACACAAACUUUUUCAUUAGCUAUCUAUAGGGCUUUCACCUAUCCAGUCCUAUCAUAUAUGUGAAGGGGAGUGAACUAGCUAGGGCAGAUGGAAGGGAACAUCUCUCUGAAAUGAAACACAGCCAUUGUAUGUGCAUCUCAAUAGUCUAAAGUUGCCUCCACUCCUUGUCUCCUCUCCAUCAUAUACACUGAUCAAUACUGUUUUCUUAAAUGCAUGUACAUCAAGGUUGAAAGUGGUACACACUAUCCCUUUAUAUGAAACAUGUACUCUAUGUUCAAUAGGUUAGAUCCAUUUCAUACCUAACAAUUGAUCACGUGGUGCUCUAAGUACUCUGGCACAUUAAUGGAUGUUGCAGCGCGUUAAACAACAUCACUGGGGAGUGAGACAGAGUGAGAAAGCAUAGUAAAUCAGACAGCUGGCACCUGGCCCAUGCAUUCCUCUGUGUUUGUGUGUGUGUGUGCCUGUGUAUGUGUGUGUGUACCUGUGUAUGUGUGUGUAUGUGAGUUUGUGUGUGUGAGUUUGUGUGCGCGCUCAGCACCUCGCAUUCCAGUGUGCUCACUUUACUCCUCUCAUCUCGGAUUCCGUGCGAGAAAAUACGCCAGGGACGGCGUUCAUUAUUUACAAGGCAGCAGGAUCAAGUUAUAAUCAGCAGAAAGCCUUGUUUUAUGUCUUUCCUCUGUCCUGCGCUAAACCCCAUUAUGGCUAAAAAUGACACACAUAGGAGCCGGGUUAGGUUGCUAAACGCCCCCCAACACCUGCCCAGACCAAGGCCCAUUGUGGAGGGUCUCAGAGGGGGUCCACUGUGACUUACGCCUGACCUGAAAUGGUGCCUGUCCUUUGUGGUCUUAAGUGUAGGGAUCUUAGAAGUGGUCAAUUGAGACUUGUGUUUGACCCAAAAUGGUGCCCUGUUCUCCUUGUGGGCCUGUGCUGAGUAGCAGUAGGGUGAGAAGGCAUAAGCUGCCCUGGAGAGGUGGUGAAUCUGGUGAGGGAGAGUCUACCAUCUUGGGUCAGUUUUUCCCUGGAGCUGUGUUUCUGUAUUAAUACAGAAAGUGUGUGUGGGUCUGUGUGUGUGUGUGUGUCUGGGUGCAUCUGUGUGCGCGUCUGCAUGUAUUUCAAAUCAAAUCAAAAUCAAAUUUUAUUGGCCACAUGCGCCGAAUACAACAGGUGCAGACAUUACAGUGAAAUGCUUACUUACAGCCCUUAACCAACAGUGCAUUUAUUUUUAAUAAAAAAGUAGAAUAAAACAACAAAAAAGUGUUGAGAAAAAAAGAGCAGAAGUAAAAUAAAAUAACAGUAGGGAGGCUAUAUAUACAGGGGGGUACCGGUGCAGAGUCAAUGUGCGGGGGCACCGGCUAGUUGAGGUAGUUGAAGUAAUAUGUACAUUUGGGUAGAGUUAAAGUGACUAUGCAUAAAUAAUUAACAAAGUAGCAGCAGCGUAAAAAGAUGGGGGGGGGGGGGGGGGGGGGGGGGCAGUGCAAAUAGUCCGGGUAGCCAUGAUUAGCUGUUCAGGAGUCUUAUGGCUUGGGGGUAGAAGCUGUUGAGAAGUCUUUUGGACCUAGACUUGGCACUCCGGUACCGCUUGCCGUGCGGUAGCAGAGAGAACAGUCUAUGACUAGGGUGGCUGGAGUCUUUGACAAUUUUGAGGGCCUUCCUCUGACACCGCCUGGUAUAGAGGUCCUGGAUGGCAGGAAGCUUGGCCCCAGUGAUGUACUGGGCCGUACGCAUUACCCUCUGUAGUGCCUUGCGGUCGGAGGCCAAGCAGUUGCCAUACCAGGCGGUGAUGCAACCAGUCAGGAUGCUCUCUGGUGCAGCUGUAUAAUUUUUUGAGGUUCUGAGGACCCAUGCCAAAUCUUUUCAGUCUCCUGAGGGGGAAUAGGCUUUGUCGUGCCCUCUUCACGACUGUCUUGGUGUGUUUGGACCAUGAUAGUUCGUUGGUGUUGUGGACACCAAGGAACUUGAAGCUCUCAACCUGUUCCACUACAGCCCCGUCGAUGAGAAUGGGGGCGUGCUCAGUCCUCUUUUUUUUCCUGUAGUCCACAAUCAUCUCCUUUGUCUUGGUCACGUUGAGGGAGAGGUUGUUAUCCUGGCACCACACAGCCAGGUCUCUGACCUCCUAUUUGUGUGUGUCUGUGUGUGUGCACGUGUGCGUGUCCUCAUGUGGAAUUGCAGGUCAGCCAAGUCCCUAAGGGUCACCUGUCCCUGUAGUACCCACACACAUUCAUUGAGUGGAAGGUCACAUGUGCCCCAGAGCCAGAAGAAACUUCUGUGAGACUCUGUAAAGGUCAUGAAGUAGAGGCUAGUCUACUUAUAUCCUGUCCUCAGAACACCUAUCCUAGGGUAAACGCAUCCAGAUAUCCACAUAUAAGGAGUGAGACCUGAACUUCUGAUAAAAUAUGUAUAGAAAUGUGUGUAAUAAUUAUGAUGAUUAUGAGUAUGAUGAAGAGUAUAAUGCGGAGGAUGAUGAUGAUGAUGAUAAAGAACGAAUAUGAUUAUAAUCAUAAUGAUGACGAUGACGACGAUGAUGAUGAUGAUGAUGAUGAUGAUGAUGUGUAUAUAUUUCAUCCUAACAGGAGGCAGGAAGAUACCCUGCAUACAAAGAGAUGGUGGCUGAAUACAGCUGGCUCAGCAAAAGUAUGUAUCUCUCUUCUCAGUAUGCUACUCACACACAGACAAUCCUGAAUGUAUAGUAUACUAAUGGGAGUACAAUGAGCUAAUAAGUAACAUGAAAGGAUUCAAACUUAGAAGAAAAAAUUAUAUGUACAUUAAACGCUUGACCUCGAUGUUUUAUUAUGCUGAAUUUGAGUAUUCCAUUAAUUUCAUGAAAGCGUCACCAAUUCUAGAAUCCCAAUCUCCAAUUAUGAUGUUGCCAGAUUCUACAUUGCAUGACAUUACAUGACGUGUCAGUCUAAAGUAGAGCACCGGCCACAUCACAUGUACUUUAACUAAAUCCCUCUGCCGUAUUCAUCUCAGUCCCCAGAUCUGAUCCUCUAUUUUUUGCUUAAUAUGAGUGGGUCUGAAAAUAGCCCCAGAUUAGUGCUGUGUGUGCCCAGAGACAGAGCAGUACUCUGGGUUGGGCACGGCGUGUUACGACAGGUGGGUGGCUGGAUGGGUCUGCGUCCCAAAUGGCAUCCUAUUCCCUAUUUGGUGCACUUUUGACCAGUGUCUACAGGGCUCUGGUCAAAAGUAGUGCAUUACUGUAUAUAAGGAACAGGGUGCCAUUUGGUACAUACUCUGUGUGUAUUUAGGUUGCUGGGAUCUAAGGCUACUGAGUCAUUUAUGGGUUUUAUUAGAUUUUUCCUGAUGGUUCAUGUAGUUGAAUUGAUUCUCUGGAUCUACUGUAGUUAAAGCCAAUGGGAUUAGCUAACACAUUGGUUUGUUGUUUUGACAGUUUCUAAAGUCUCUGAAAAAGUGUUCUAUUGAAAAAGUUUUGUUACUAGGAACCUUUUGAAUUUGGAUCCUGCGACGCGGUUAACCUCAGUUGCUGGUACUGCUAUAUCUGUCCAGGGAUCCUGCCAACCAAAAGUUUGAAGAGCUGCUUGGCGUAGCAGCUAGCCUAGCUGCUAACUAGCUCUCAAGCUAGCAAGGUUUCCUUGACAGAUUGAACACAGCCCGCGACGCAGUUAGCCCUUGUGGCUGGGACCGCGGAUUGUCCCGGACUUGUGGCUGUCUAAAUCCCUGCUGUUUGUUGCUGUUUAAAUCUUCCCUGCAACCUGCUCUGUCUUCUGGAACUGCGUGGAGUACCAGCAUUGGCCUGCAAGGUGGGAGUCAUGGAGGGGACAGUAUUUCUCUAUCACAAGUGAAGGAUCUUUUAAAUGAACAAAAAGGGUUCUACAAGCAGUUGUUACAACAACAGGAAAAUAGCUUCAAGAGCUUUGUCCAAAUACUGAUGGACUCAACUAAUAAAUGAAUAGACGAUCUGACCAGAGAGGUCCAGGACCUUUAAGAAUAGUUUGCAAGGAGAGGAUGUCCUGAAAGAGACUUACAGCAAGAUGACAAAAAACUGUAAAUCCUCUCGCUGACAUCAGCACUCUCUGUGAAUCAUCAUUAACAAUGACUGGGAAAACAGACUAUCUAAAGGGACAAUCUAGGAGGAAUAACAUUGUUGUGGAUGACAUACCAGAGUCUUCACAUGAGAACUUGACCGAGUCUGAGGAGAAAAUACGAAAAAUGAUCACUGAAAAGCUGCAGAUGGAUCAUAUGAAGAUUGAGUUGGAGCGCACACACAGGUCUGGAAAACAUGUAACCAGCCUAGGUAACAGACUGAGGCCGAUAGUGGUCAAGUUCCUGAGGUUUAAGGACAAGAUGGCUGUUCUGGAGAGAGCCAAGAACUUGAGAGGAACCAACAUCUUCCUCAACAAGGACCUCCCUGUAGCUGUGCACCAGAGGUGGAAAUAACUUAUCCCAACUAUGAAAGCUGUCAGAGAGCAUGGGAACAUUCCUUACAUCUGCUACGACAGGCUCAUUGUCCAUCCUCCCGUCCAAAAGCCUGAGCGGAAUGAGAGAGCAUAGCCUCAGGGUCAGUAGCUUCAGCCCAACAUUACACACACACACUUACACACACACACAUAUUUAUUUAUUUAUUUAUUUUGUCUCCAUAUUAUGUCUAUCUCCAAUAAGCUACAAAGGAAAGGGCUAAUAAUAGCCCAUAUUAAUAUAUGCAGCCUUAGAAAUAAGGUUCAUGAAAGAAAAUAACUUUCUAACAUCAGAUAACAUUCAUAUACUGGUCAUCUCUGAAACUCACUUAGAUAUUUCCUUUGAUGAUACAGCAGUAGCAAUACAGGGAUAUACCAUCAACAGAAAAGACAGGAAUGCCUAUGGUGGAGGUGUUGCUGUAUAUGUUCAGACCCAUAUUCCUGUAAAGCUUAGAGAGGAUCUCAUGUCAAAUGUUGUUAAAGUGUUGUGGCUGCAAGUUCACCUGCCUCAUCUUAAGCUUCUUCUUUUGGGGUGCUGCUAUAGGCCAUCAAGUGCUAACAGUCAGUAUUUGAAUAAUAUGUGUGCAAUGCUUGAUAAUGUGUGUGAUGUUAACAGAGAGGUCUAUUUUCUGGGUGACCUGAACAUUGACUGCUUAGCAACUAGCUAUCCUCUCAAGAUGGUCCUCUGUAGCUCAGCUGGUAGAGCACGGCACUUGUAACGCUAAGGUAGUGGGUUCGCUCCCCAGGACCACCCAUACACAAAAAAAAAAAAAUGUAUGCACGCAUGACUGUAAGUCGCUUUGGAUAAAAGCGUCUGCUAAAUGGCAUAUUAUUAUUAUUAUAUUAAGAUGAAGCUUCUAACUGUGAUUAAUGCCUGUUAUAUGACCCAGGUUAUCGCUCAACCAACUAGAGUGCAUACCAAUAGUGUUGGAUCAUAUCUUCACUAAUGUUACAGAGCUUUGCUCCAAAGCAAUAUCAGUUUCCAUUGGCUGUAGUGACCAUAACAUUGUGGCAAUAACAAGGAAAGCCAAAGUGCCAAAGUUUGGGCCUAAAGUAAUUUAUAAUAGAUCAUACAAAAUGUUUUCUCAGGAUUAUUUUGUUGAAGAUGUAAAAAAUGUAUGUUGGUCUGAUGUGUAUGCGGAAUUGAAUCCAGAUACAGAACUGGAAGUAUUUCAAAAAUUAUUAAUGCUAAUUGUUGACAAGCAUGCACCUGUUAAGAAACUAGCUGUGAGAACUAUUGGCGCCCACUGCAUUGAUGAUGAAUUAGAAAAUGUUAUGGUUCAAAGCAAUUAUGCAAAAGAGGUGGCAAACAAGUCAGGCUGCUCAGCUGAAUGGUUGACAUAAUAUAAAUUGAGAAAUGUUGUGACUAAACAAACUUAUAUUACCAAACAAAGAUAUGUUACAUAAAAUACAAUGGAAAAAUACUUUGGAGUACCUUAAAUGAUAUCAUGGGCAGAAAACCCAAUUCAUCUCCAUCGUUCAUUGAAGUUGAUGGGUAAUUUAUAACAAAACCUUUCGAUAUUGCCAAUCAUUUCAAUUACUAUUUCACUAGUGAAGUGGAAAAACUCAGAAGUGAAAUGACAACAUUGAACAGUGAACCAUCAUAUUUUUGUAUAAAUGAUCUAAUAAUGAAUGUGAAGGAUUGCUGUUUUGAAUUUGGUCAAGUAAGUGUGGGAGAGGUGGAAAAACUAUUGUUAUCCAUCAAUAAUGAUAAGCCACCAGGUAUAGACAACAUUGAUGGGAAACUAUUGAAAAUGGUAGCAGACUGUAUUGCCACUCCUAUUUGCUAUACCUUUAACCAAAGCCUAAAGGAGUUUGUGCCCAGGCAUGGAAGGAAGCUAAAGUAAUUCCCCUGCCUAAAAAUAGUAAAGCACCCCUUGCUGGCUCUAACAGCCGCCCAAUCAGUUUGCUGCCUGUUCUUAGUAAACUGAUGGAGAGGAUUGUGUUUGACCAAAUACAAUGCUAUUUUUCAGAGAACAAGUUAACUACUGACUUUCAGCAUGCAUAUAGAGAAGGGCACUCAACUUUUACUGCACUGACUCAGAUGACUGAUGAUUGGUUAAAAUAAAUGGAUAAUAAGACGAUAGUUGGAGCUGUAUUGUUAGAUUUCAGUGUAACCUUUGAGGUUAUUGAUCAUACAUUUCUAUUGAAAAAUAUCUCACUUGCUAUGGCUUUACAUCACCUGCCAUUACAUGAUUGGAGAGUUAUUUAUCCAACAGAACCCAGAGAGUGUUCUUCAAUGGAAGCUUCUCUAACAUCAGAUAUGUACAGUGCGGUGUCCCUCAGGGCAGUUGCCUUGGGCCAUUACUCUUCUCUAUUUUUACAAAUGAUUUGCUACUGGUCUUACAUGAAGCUAGAAUGACUAUGUAUGCAGAUGAUUCCACUUUCUAUAUGUCAGCACCCAAAGCCAGUGAGCUCACUUAAAUUCUAAAUAAGGAGUUACCGUCAGUAUUAAAAAACAACUAAUGGAACGGCGGGGAAUGUGAGGACACACACACACAAACACACUAACACACAUUAUUUAUUAGUUGUAUUGUUUGUAUUCUUUUUUUGUUGUUUUGUUUGUAUAUCGUUGUAUUUUAAAUGUGUGUGACUGUCCUUGUCUAUCAGUGUAUUUUUUGUUACUUGUCAUGUUUUGUGUUUUGUGUGGACCCCAGGAAGAGUAGCUGCUGCUUCUGCAAAAGCUAAUGGGGAUCCAAAUAAACAAAUAAACAAACAGUGAGUUCAGACAGAUGUCAGUCAGUCUGUACCAACUACCAAGACUUUAUGACAAUGUGAAAAAUGUGUGUUAUGUAUACAGCUGGUCGAUUGUGGGAUGGGAACUAGAGUUGAAUGAUUUGAGGACACACUAUAAAACUGAGGAAAACAUGACUUCAUUCUGAUUACGCAAUAAAUCCUAAAUUCAACUCCUCUUAUGAGGUUCACUGGUGGUCACUUUGACCAAACCACCAACACUUAUCUAUAGCAUUCAUUUUGCAUCAUUAGACAAUAUCAUAUUGUGUCCUAUGGUAUUGAAACACUAUACAUUUAUUUUUCAAAUCUCCAGCUACUGUUUCUAAAUGAGUUCCUCUUCUUCCCCAUGCAGUGGCCAAUGGCGGGCCUCCGUCCUCCUCCCAGGGCUCUGACUCCUACUCCUCGGCCUCCUCCCUGUCUUCCACCCCCCUCAGCUCCCUUAGUGGUCUCUCCCAAGUCCUCUUCCCCCCCACCUUCGGCUCCGACAUGGUGGACGUCUGCAUCUCCACCGAUGACAAGUCCCGCCGCCCCAGCAGCUCCGAACGCACCACAGAGACUGCCAUGCAGACUGACCUACACCCCCCCUCGGACUCUAACGCACCCCCCUCGCCUCUUGGAAGGCUAGUCGCCAUGGAAACAAGCCGGACGCUAGGCGCCACUGUGUUUUUGAAGGACACAGCGAUUCGGGGGAAAGGGGAGGGUCCUGUGGAAAGGGGAGGGGCUGGUGAUGGGGGAAGGGGCAAAGGGGGGAUGUUGUCACAAGGGGAACAGGACGUGGCGCAGGACUCCCCAAAAACGGCUGUGCUUAUGGCCCUGAGCAGACCGAGAAAGCCCAUCAGACGAUCCCAGAGCCAUAUCACAGUUACAGGUGAGGAGCAAAACUAUGAUCAGUUAAUGUAAAUAAAUAGUUGCCAGUCCACAGCGUAUGAUCCAAAGGCCUAAGAGAACAGAAGCCAAAGUAUCAUAAAUGGGAAAUGCACUCCCAAACACUUUUGUUUUCAAAUAUCAAUUUUUGGAGUGCAUCCCUCCCUCCUGUUUUUGAUACAUGAAUAGGCAUACCUGUAUAUCUAAUCCUAACCCAGGGCAACUAUCUCCUUCGCAACACGAGAGUUUAGCCAGAGUUCAGUUCAGUCCCUGUGGCUGUUGGUGCCUCUGGGUAACGAGAUACACCCUCAGAGCUUUAGGGAGAUCCCCUCUGAGCUGCAGUCUGAUGACCUGCACACGACCCCACUGGCCCUCCCUCUCAACAGGAAGUCAACGAAAACAACACUGAAGCCUUUUUCACACUAUAGGGCUAACCCAAACCAAACUGUGUUGGCUAGGAUAUUUUCUUUUCACAUUGUCCUUUCCAGCAUGGUUUCAGAACUAUGGUGGAUGCUUAACCAGGCCAGCACUGCACAGCUCGGCUUGGCUCGGUAGUGUGAAUCAGUCAUUACUGUCUGAGGGUGCAUCUCAAUAGUCUAUACUCACCUCUCCUUCAACUGCACUGAUCUGAAAACAAAUAAUAGGUGAAAGCAAAAUGGUGGGGAUACCUACAGUAACAGAUAUUCGAUUUCACCCAAUGGCUAUUUUAUGCAGAUGAGGGAAAGGACACAAAGAAAGACACUUCAGACUAUUGAGAUGCACCCCGAGUCAUACUUUUGUUAAUGUUAUCCAGAUGACUGCAGCAGAGGUCUCAAAAUACCAGUGAAUGUAAACAUCUGUGUACAAUACAUCAAUAUUACCGGGUUGUUUUCUACUAGGAAUGAUUUACUGGAGAGAACAGAGAAUGUGACUGGAUGAGAGAUGAACGGUCUUUAACCUCUUACUGAAGAGUGUAUCAUCCACUUUUAUUGGCCAGCGUGAGCAUGGAACCAUGCAAAGUAUAAUGAAUUAUACUUUGAAAUAACAAACACAUACAAUACUUUUUGUCAUUUUUCUCUGUGAACCUCAAUCUGGCAAAGGUACACCACAAGCAAAGCAUUUAACAAAGACCCGUAACAAAGAGAUUACUUGUAACAAAUGGGGUUUUCGCCUACUAGUAUUUGAUUAAUUUAGUCAAUUUACUUUAAAGGUGAAUAUGCAGAAAUCGCGCCGCCAUUUCACCUAAUUUCAGUUUAUGUGACUAAACAAACAAUGUAUAGUGUAGAGAAUAAUUGUACCAUCUAAACCGCUGUGAAAUAUAUUUUUAAAUAAACAAAAAUAUAGUAUAUUCAGAAUUUUGAAAGACGCAAAAAUUAAACUUAAGAAUGGGAAGAAUAGAAAUAGCACACAUAUAACAAAUCUACAGUGCCUUCAGAAAGUAUUCAGACCCCUUUACUUUUUCCACAUUUUGUUACGUUACAGCCUUAUUCUAAAAUGGAUAAAAUAGUUUUUUCUUAUCAAUCUACAAACAAUACUCCAUAAUGACAAAGCAAAAACAGGUUUGUAGAAAUCUUUGCAAAUGUACAGUGAGGGAAAAAAGUAUUUGAUCCCCUGCUGAUUUUGUACGUUUGCCCACUGACAAAGAAAUGAUCAGUCUAUAAUUUUAAUGGUAGGUUUAUUUGAACAGUGAGAGACAGAAUAACAACAACAAAAUCCAGAAAAACGCAUGUCAAAAAUGUUAUAAAUUGAUUUGCAUUUUAAUGAGGGAAAUAAGUAUUUGACCCCCUCUCAAUCAGAAAGAUUUCUGGCUACCAGGUGUCUUUUAUACAGGCAACGAGCUGAGAUUAGGAGCACACUCUUAAAGGGAGUGCUCAUAAUCUCAUCUUGUUACCUGUAUAAAAGACACCUGUCCACAGAAGCAAUCAAUCAAUCAGAUUCCAAACUCUCCACUAUGGCCAAGACCAAAGAGCUCUCCAAGGAUGUCAGGGACAAGAUUGUUGAAAUGGGCUACAAGACCAUCGCCAAGCAGCUUGGUGAGAAGGUGACAACAGUUGGUGCGAUUAUUCGCAAGUGGAAGAAACACAAAAGAACUGUCAAUCUCCCUCGGCCUGGGGCUCCAUGCAAGAUCUCACCUCGUGGAGUUGCAAUGAUCAUGAGAACGGUGAGGAAUCAGCCCAGAACUACACGGGAGGAUCUUGUCAAUGAUCUCAAGGCAGCUGGGACCAUAGUCACCAAGAAAACAAUUGAUAACACACUAUGCCGUGAAGGACUGAAAUCCUUCAGCGCCCGCAAGGUCCCCCUGCUCAAGAAAGCACAUAUACAGGGCCGUCUGAAGUUUGCCAUUGAACAUCUGAAUGAUUCAGAGGAGGACUGGGUGAAAGUGUUGUGGUCAGAUGAGACCAAAAUCGAGCUCUUUGGCAUCAACUCAACUCGCCGUGUUUGGAGGAGGAGGAAUGCUGCCUAUGACCCCAAGAACACCAUCCCCACUGUCAAACAUGGAGGUGGAAACAUUAUGCUUUGGGGGUGUUUUUCUGCUAAGGGGACAGGACAACUUCACCGCAUCAAAGGGACGAUGGACGGGGCCAUGUACCGUCAAAUCUUGGGUGAGAACCUCCUUCCCUCAGCCAGGGCAUUGAAAAUGGGUCGUGGAUGGGUAUUCCAGCAUGACAAUGACCCAAAACACACAGCCAAGGCAACAAAGGAGUGGCUCAAGAAGAAGCACAUUAAGGUCCUGGAAUGGCCUAGCCAGUCUCCAGACCUUAAUCCCAUAGAAAAUCUGUGGAGGGAGCUGAAGGUUUGAGUUGCCAAACGUCAGCCUCGAAACCUUAAUGACUUGGAGAAGAUCUGCAAAGAGGAGUGGAACAAAAUCCCUCCUGAGAUGUGUGCAAACCUGGUGGCCAACUACAAGAAAUGUCUGACCUCUGUGAUUGCCAACAAGGGAUUUGCCACCAAGUACUAAGUCAUGUUUUGCAGAGGGGUCAAAUACUUAUUUCCCUCAUUAAAAUGCAAAUCAAUUUAUAACAUUUCUGACAUGCGUUUUUCUGGAUUUUUUGUUGUUAUUCUGUCUCACACGGUUCAAAUAAACCUACCAUUAAAAUUAUAGACUGAUCAUGUCUUUGUCAGUGGGCAAACGUACAAAUUCAGCAGGGGAUCAAAUACUUUUUUCCCUCACUGUAUAAAAGACUGAAAUAUCACAUUUACAUAAGUAUUCAGACCAUUUACUAUGAGACUCAAAAUUGAGCUUAGAUGCAUCCUGUUUCCAUUGAUCAUCCUUGAGAUGUUUAUACAACUUGAUUGGAGUCCACCUGUGGUAAAUUCAAUUGAUUGGACAUGAUUUAGAAAGGCACACUCUUGUCUAUAUAAUGUCCCACAGUUGACAGUGCAUGUCAGAGCAAAAACCUACACAGACCCUUUACUCAGUACUUUGUUGAAGCACCUUUGGCAGCGAUUACAGCCUCGAGUCUUCUUGAGUAUGACGCUACAAGCUUGGCACACCUGUAUUUGGGGAGUUUCUCCCAUUCUUCUCUGCAGAUCCUCUCAAGCUCUGUCAGGUUGGAUGGGGAGCGUCACUGCACAGCUAUUUUCAGGUCACUCCAGAGAUGUCUGAUCGGGUUCAAGUCCGGGCUCUGGCUGGGCCACUCAAGGACAUUCAGAGACUUGUCCCGAAGCCACUCCUGCGUUGUCUUGGCAGUGUGCUUAGGGUCGUUGUCCUGUUGGAAGGUGAACCUUCGCCCCAGUCUGAGGUCCUGAGCGCUCUGGAGCAGGUUUUCAUCAAGGAUCUCUCUGUACUUUGCUCCGUUCAUCUUUCCCUCGAUCCUGUCUAGUCUCCCAGUCCCUGCCGCUCAAAAACAUCCCCACAGCAUGAUGCUGCCAUCACCAUGCUUCACCGUAAGGAUGGUGCCAGGUUUCUUCCAGACGUGACGCCUGGCAUUCAGGCCAAAGAGUUCGAUCUUGGUUUCAUCAGACCAGAUAAUCUUGUUUCUCAUGGUCUGAGAGUCCUUUAGGUGCCUGUUGGCAAACUUCAAGUGGGCUGUCAUGUGCCUUUUACUGAGGAAUGGCUUCCGUCUGGCCACUCUACCAUAAAGGCGUGAUUGGUGGAGUCCUGCAGAGAUGGUUGUCCUUCUGGAAGGUUCUCCCAUCUGCACAGAGGAAAUCUGGAGCUCUGUCAGAGUGACCAUUGGGUGGGUUCUUGGUCAUCUCCCUGACCAAGGCCCUUCUCCCCCAAUUGCUCAGUUUGGCCGGGCGGCCAGCUCUAGGAAGUGUCUUGGUGGUUCCAAAAUUCUUCCAAUUUAAGAAUGAUGGAGGCCACUGUGUUCUUGGGGACCUUCAAUGCUGCAGAAAUGUUUUGGUACCCUUCCCAUGUCCAAUCAAUUGAAUUUACGACAGGUGGACUUCAAUCAAGUAGAAACAUCUCAAGGAUGAUCAAUGGAAACAGGAUGCACCUAAGCUCAAUUUCGAGGCUCAUAGCAAAGGGUCUGAAUACUUAUGUAAAUAAGGUAUUUUUGUUUUUUUAUUUAAAUGAUCUAAUCAAUUUUAGAAUAAGGCUGUCACGUAACGAAAUGUGGAAAAGGGGAAGGGGGUCUGAAUACGUUCCAAAUGCACUGUACUUCUUCUUAGACUUGCUUUCAAUGAGAAUGACAGCUAUAUAAUUCACAUUUCUAUGUACAUUUGGUUGGGUUGCCCAAAAAGUUACAUAUUGCAGCAAGAUAAAUUGUUCUGCUCCUUAACCACUCAUUUGAUACCAGAGCCUUCAUGUCAUAACUCUUCCUAACUGUUAGGAGUCACCUGAUAACUCUCAUCUAUCCUAUACUGAACAAAAAUAUAAAUGCAACAUGUAAAGUGUUUGUCCCAUGUUUCGUGAGCUGAAAUAAAAGAUCCCAGAAUUGUUCCAAACGCACAAAAAGCUUAUUUCUCUCAAAUUUUGUGCACAAAUUUGGUUACAUCCCUGUUAGUGAGUAUUUCUCCUUUGCCAACAUAAUCCAUCCAACUGACAGGUGUGGCAUAUUAAGAAGCUGAUUAAACAGCAUGAUCAUUACACAGGUGCACCUGGUGCUGGGGACAAUAAAAAGCCACUCUAAAAUGUGCAGUUUUGUCACACAACACAAUGCCACAGAUGUCUGAAGUUUUGAGGGAGUGGGCAAUUGGACUACUGACUGCAGGAAUGUUCACCAGAACUGUUGCCAGAGUAUUAAACAUUUCUCUACCAUAAGCCAUAAUGUUAUUUUAGAGAAUUUGGCAGUACAUCCAACCGGCGUCACAACCGCAAACUAGUGUAACCACACCAGCCCAGGACCUCCACAUCCGGCUUCUUUACCUGUGGGAUCGUCUGAGACCAGCCACCCGGACAGCUAAUGAAACUGAGGAGUAUUUAUUUCUGUAAAAAAGCCCUUUUGUGGGGAAAAACGAAUUCUGAUUGGCUGGGCCUGGCUCCCCAGUGGGUGGACCUGGCUCCCAAGAGGGUGGGCCUAUGCCCUCCCAGUUCCACCCAUGGCUGCGCCCCUGCCCAGUCAUGUGAAAUCCAUAGAUUAGGGCCUAAGGAAUUUAUUUAAAUUGACUGAUUGCCUUAUAUGAACAGUAACGCAGUAAAAUCUUUGAAAUUGUUGCAUGUUGUGUUCAUAUUUUUGUUCAGUAUAAUGAACUGCCUGUCCUUGUCAUCUGCUCCUCAGGACCACUGGUAAUAUAUACACCAUUGGUCAAGACUAUGAUCUAGAACAGGGCCAUCAGUGUAACAAUUGUCGAGGAAAUUCUACACAGGGACACUCGAAGUCAUUGUUAAAUGAAUCAUUCUUUAUUAACAGCAUAAUGGAGAGGUUCCAACAAACUCAAUGCACCAUAGCACACAUGUCGGUCAGGAGCUUCUCUGCCUUGGCAUAAAGGUCAUUUUCCAACAGUCGGGCCAGCACUUUGCGAACCAGGGACACAUGCUCAGCGCGAGUAGCGGAAUACACCAGGAUGUCAUCGAUGUAGACCACCUCACCGCAACCAAGCAUGUCCCGAAACACCUCGUUCACAAAGGACUGGAAGACGGAGGGAGCAUUCAUCAAACCGUAGGGCAUCACCAGGUAUUCAUAAUGCCCUGUGGUUGUGCUGAAUGCUGUCUUCCACUCAUCCCCCUCCCGAACCCGCACCAGGUUGUAUGCACUCCUGAGAUCUAGCUUAGUGAAGAAGCGCGCCCCAUGCAUUGACUCAAUCACUGAAGGAAUGAGGGGGAGAGGAUAACUAAAUCUAAUCGUCUCCUUGUUCAGUGAUCGAUAAUCAAUGCACGGGCGCAGACUGCUGUCUUUCUUCUUCACAAAGAAGGAACUCGAGGAGGUGGGUGAAGUGGAGGGACGUAUAUACCCCUGGCCCAGGGACUCGGAGACGUAUGUUUCCAUAGCCUCCGUUUCAACCUGCGACAGGGGGUACACAUGACUACUGGGUGGGACAGCGUCUACCCGAAGGUCUAUCGCGCAAUCCCCUGCCCGAUGAGGUGGUAAUUUAGUAGCACGCAUCUUGGAAAACGCGUGCGACAAAUCGAGGUAUUCGGGGGGAAUGCACACAGUGGAGGUACCGUCUGGACUUUCCACCGUAGUUGCACCAACGCAAACAUUUAGACACCUACCCUGACACUCUCGCGACCACCCCAUGAGAGCCCUCUACGGCAAUGAGAAGGUGGGGUUGUGGAGUGCUAGCCAAGGGAUAACUAAUACCACAGGGAAAGCAGGAGACUCAAUAAUCGAAAAAAUAACCUGCUCACAAUGUGUCUCCUGGGUGAUCAUGGUGACUGGUAUAGUGACUCCCGUAAAACAAACCCGGACCCUAAUGGUCGACUAUCGAGUGCUCUGAUGGGGAGUGGAAUGGAUAGGGGAACGAAUUAAAUGCCUUGACGGCGUGCAAAUGCCCUGUCCAUAAAGUUCCCAGCUGCGCCUGAAUCGACUAGCGCCUUACAGUGGGGAACUACCAAGUGAUCGGGAAAGUGGAUAGGUAGGGUACAGUGCACAGCAGAGGGCUCUGAACAAGUGUGGGUGUUUGAAACCUGGGGUGAUGCGUGAGUGCCCUGCCUGCUGCCUCCAGGCCCAAAAGAACAUUGACUACGACGUGUGGUGUACUGUCCCUUCGUGCCACCAGAGUGGCACUGUCGCUGUCCUCCUCCGCUCUCUCGGCCAGUGGCUCCAUCAGCUCAGGAUCCCUACCAGGACGUCCUCUGGCUGCCAGCAGGUUAUCCAAACGAAUGGCCAUGUCCACCAGUUUAUUGAAGGACAACAUGGUGUCCCGGCAGGCUAGCUCCCGUCGGACGUCCUCCCGCAGAUGGCACCGGAAAUUGUAGAUCAGGGCCAGCUCGUUCCACCCGGACCCCUCUGCCAGAGUCCGAAACUCCAACGCGAAGUCCUGCGCAUCCUCGUCCCCUGCCUCAGGUGGACCAGCCGCUCGCCCGCCUCUCGACCCUCGGGCGGGUGAUCGAAGAGCGCCCGAAAGAGGCGAGCGAACUCCCCGUUGUCCUCCAACGUGGCUCCACCUUCGUUCCAUACCGCGUUGGCCCACUCCAGGGCUUUCCCACAGAGGCAGGAAACGAGGACGGACACCUUCUCCCAGUCUGAUGGCACCGGCCUGAUGCUGGAGAAGUACAGCUCCAUUUGGAGGAGGAAUCCCUGGCACAGCGCCGCCGUCCCAUCAAACGCCCGUGGUCGGGAUAUCUGGAUCCCGCCGGGUGCUGGGGUGUAGGUGGCAGGAUCCGGUUGGCCAGCUGGUCUCGACAGAUCGGGUCCUCUCCUCUCCAGGUGUUGGACGACCUGAAGAACCCGAUCCAUCACUUCCCCCAAGCUGGCCAGCAUCGUGGAAUGCUCCUGGACCCGUGCCACGACUCCAGGCAUGCGCUCUUCUCCCGCUGACUACAUAGCGGGUGGGUGAUUCUGUGAUGAGUGUGAUGGAAAGGAGUCAGGCGCAGGAGGGUAAUCACCGAAUACAGAGUUUAUUCCUAUGUAGACACACAAAUGCGCUCAAAUUGCGAUGUACGAAACAGGCACAGGGGAAACUAUCAUCCCUGGCAAAUACACUGUAACGGAUAUCCAAUAAUACAAAGGCACAGGGGAAAAUCUACCCUGGCAACACAAUGUUACGAGUAGCUCCACCUAGCUACACUACUCUCAUAAAUAACAAUCACCCACAAGGACAAGGGGGCAGAGGGAACAUUUAUACACAGACUAAUGAGGGGAUUAGGACCAGGUGUGUGUGAUUGACAAGACAAGACAAAUGUGAUGAUGAUGAUUGGGCGGCAGUGGUUAGUAAGCCGGUGACGACGAACGCCGAAGCCUGCCCGAACAAGGAGGGGAGGCAGCCUCGGCCUAAGUCGUGACAUUAAUUUAGAGUUAUUAAUAUAACUUUAGUUGUUCUACAAACGUUGGGCUAUAUGUUUUGAUUUUUAAUACAUUGUAAGGCUGCAUGAUGCGACUCUAAUGAUGAUUUGAAAAGAGUCGCUUGAAAGGCAUGAGAUCUGCUUAGGUUUUUUGCGCAGGCUGUACACACUACAUCAGUCACUCAUUUGCAAUUUGACAAGCAAUUGAUAAUGCCUAGAAUUUCACAGCAGCAUCCCCUUUGUGUGGCCGUAAUGCACCCUAAAAAAAUCCAUGCCUUUUGCGGCCAGUGGCCGUUGUGCCCUUCUCCCUGAGUGCAGCGCGCUCCGAAUCACCUCUCACUCACAUGGCUCUCCAUCACGUGAUCGAGUCUUUCUCACAGCCUACAAGUGAAGACAGACAUGUCGGGGACGCAACUGUGUGCGUCAUUAUCCAAUUAUGAGGUGCAUAUUGAAGAUAUUGGAAGAACUGUCCACAUUUACUUUUUAUCAGCCAACAAGUUGAGUAGGCCUAAGGAACAGAAAAAGCACUAGCCUAUGUCAAUCUACUAUCCCCCAUAGUACAAAAGUCAACCUUUUCUGUGCGAUAAAUAAAUAUUCCAAACAUAGUCUGGGACAGUUGUGGGAUGCGAUAGAUCCCAAAUUAAUACAACCACUACCAUCAAAAAAAAAAUUUUAUGCAAUGUGGCUGACGCAACAGAUCAGAACGUUUAGCUUAAAAUUUUUAUAAACUAUUAGGCUAUUUCUUCACAUUAUAACCACAGCAAUGCGCACAUGAUAGUAGGCUUAAGCGCGAAUGUUCCAUUAGCGGAAAACACCAUUAUCAAAAGUGACCGCAAAUGCAAUUAUGCAUGUAGCCCUUUUACUAUAAAGGUGCAUUUUUAUGGUGAACAUUUUCUUCCCCAAACUUGAAACUGACGCGCUGCUUAUGUAUGCCAGUUAGGCUCUACACCCCUUGUAAAGCGGAAUUAAUGUGCUUAAUUUUAAGAAGUUAUUUGGCCAAUUCAGUUUUUGGCCAAAACAUAUAGGCCUAUGGGCUAGGCUACAUGAGGUGUGUGACUAUGAUUAGAAAAAGCCACAAAAAAAAGGCAUUGUUUCUGCAUCAUUCACAAGUGGUAAUAUAUCAUUCACAAGUGAUAGGCUAAUAUUGUCACCCAUCAGACUAUUCUUGAUAUAAUCUUGUCUUUACAUAUACUAAAAAAUAUAUGUGUGAAAUUUGUUUUGAUUUAGAAUGGACCAUUAUCAUGCACCUGCAUCGAAACAGGGGCAGCGGGAAAAAAUACAUGUAAUCUAUGCACUUAAAUAGCGAAUGGAGGACACUUUUCCGUGGUUCAUUUUCAUACCAGGCAGGUAGGCUAUACUCCUGUUGUAAAUAUAAGCAAUUGAUGACAUUUGCAUUGAUGUCAGAGUGAUUAGAGGGACAAUAGAGUGCUGAGUACCAGGCAGUUAGCAUGUUUGGUAGGCUACUAAUGACCAUCAGCAGCAUCAGAGCUUGGAGAAGCCUAAUUACCGUGACUAAAUGGUCACAUGGAAUUUGACUGCCUUCAUGACUCGUGACCGCCCAUGUGUGGCGGUAAUACGGUCACCGCAAUAGCCAUAUUCAUCAUUAACGUUUGCUUCAUUCAUGUGACCGACUAAUAAUGGGUCAUGCAUGUGACAGACCAAUACCUCACAAGGCUUCUUCUCUCUAAGCUGAGACCUUGAAACUGAGACAUCUUUCAUUCUCAAAACAAGGGUCUGGGCGUACUGCCAAAUUGCAGAUACUGAUAGUGAGGAUUCCUCAAUUGCAUGAACACAGAAAUGGGUUAUUAGAAAAGCACAAAUAUAACAUUUUCCAUCACAUUUCCUGCUCUUAUCACUCAAUCUGUGAUAAUUAUCAUUACAUUUUAAGGUAAGCAUUAGACAAUCCAAGAUUGGACAAUCCAAGAUGGACAAUCCAAGAUGGCGUAGUAGUGCAGUCCUGUUUUUGUCGUGUGUCUGUAGCCUGUAAAUACCCUGUUUUUUUGUAUUUUACGGGACAAAUGAUUUACUGUAUGACAACUGACAAAUUAUUCACUGUAUUACUAAUUAUUAUUACUACCAAUAUUCUAAGACAAAUGUCAAAGAGAAUAACAACACAUAGUUGAAACAAUUCUUCCCCCCCAAAUUGACUUAUACUCCCCUAACAUCUUGGCGAUCUCACCGCAGAGUUACAGGGUCAGGGAGUCAGAGGGCUAAUCCUUAGGGAGAAAUCCCGGCCAUCCAGCAUACCCAAACUGGUGAGAUUUGUUAUUGAAGCAAGACAAAAACAAAGAAAACAAAACAAUAACAACAGCAAUACACUUCUUCAUAUAUCCCUCGAUACACUUCUUCAAAUAUCACUUGAGGUGGGGAAAACCUCAAACCAUUUGGAGUAACUGUCAACCAUUACCAACAUAUAUUUCAUCCUUUUAUAGGCCGACAUGUGAACAAAACCAUUUCCAUAUUUACCAAAGGGCCCCAUGGAACUGGUAAUUCCCCCUUUGGACACAUAAGUCGCAUCGUGAUUCAUGCGUACAAAACAACAACACUGCCUGUUAAAUCAAAAUAACAAAUACAAUUAGAAUUACUACCCUUGAUGACUCCAUCUUAACUUAAUUGCAUCCCUUAAGGUAAUUCAAGGAAUAGUAAAAUAGACUAGAGACAGGUGUCUCUCAUUCAAAGGCAGCGCUCUCUCGCUCUCCUUCUCUUGUUCCGAAUCACACAUGGGUCUGUUUAUAAAUUAUAAACUUCUUCCUAAUUAUCUAGUGUUUACAUAGCCCAUUUCAAUCUUACCCAAUGUCUCUUUCUAGUGAGGGUGAGCAGGCCUCACCAGGAAGUCAGAACAGAGGUCAUUCAACCCCAUAAAGUGAGUGUUGGUUUCCCUGUACCUCAGACAUUAUUGAAAGAUAUUUCAAACAUUUCAAACAUUUUGUGUAUCAGGUUUCCAUUUGGGUUUUUCAGUACAUUUCUUAUCAAGGUGGGUUGUGUGUGGGUGCUGGCAUGUGUGUGGUAAAAAUGGUAGGGUAAAAACAAACAAAAUGGCCAGGCCUUACUUAAUUUGGGAGCUCCCUCAACAGGUGGAUCCGGGCACCUUUACACUGUACAGUAAACAGUCUCAAUAACUGCUCUCCCAAGGCACCUGCCUCAGGAAGCCCCUCAAAGGGAGAGACACAGAACCAUUGGCAAACAUAUUUUUAAAAACUUGGUAGCGGACAUUCCAUAAGUCCUGGAAGAAAGAAAAUAAACAUCUUAAUCAGUCCUAAAAAAAGUCUUAAUCUUAAUUGAGUUUACUGCAUCUUGGGCAGGAAGUCUUGAUAAACCCAUGUGUAUACAGAUUUAUACUUCAGACACAUCAGAUGAUACAGUGUCCCGUCAAGUUGAAUAGGCACCUUCUAAAGUAAACAAUACCAGAGCCCCUUUCUUGUAAUCAUUGUCAUUUUGACCUGUUGCAUUGACACACAGUUCUGUACAAACUGUCCCUGGGACAUAAACUAGUCAAAAUAUGAAACCUGUUGUUUAACAAAUCUGCUAGGACCUUCAAAAAGUUGGUGCUGGCUUAUCAGCUCAAUAUUCAUUACUAAAAACAUUUACUUGGAUCUACUUAUUCUAGACACAGUUCCACGUAAUGGAAACAGAUUAUUGUUUUAGAUGACAUUAUCGUCUUACUUAAAUCACUGGUGCUACCCAAACUAUAGAACUGAGUAAUAAUAAUUGGAAAUUGGAAAAAAUGUGUCUUAUUCAAUUAAUUAUUCAUACCUCUGUCCCAAAUUUCCCCAAUGUCCCUUACAGCCUGUUUGAGUUCAGUGUGUACUGGCGGUUAUCUAUUGUUCCACAGGAAGCUUAUCUCUAACCCAAACACCAGAUAGCGGCCUCUAAUUUAAUAUCAGUCCCAAUGCUCAAUCCUUCUGUUCGUCAUGUGACCUUGUAUUGAAACAUUUACUUCUUCAAAUUACUAAGACAUUGCAUUAUUAGAGUGCUAUCUGAAAGCCAAUUACCAUUCACUUUGUUACUUUCACUAGCCUCCAUCUGUUUCCCUCAACUUAGACUCUCUUCCCAAUAGGAAGACCUUCUCAAUCUAAUACACUCGGAUCACACUUUCUGCUUCACAUUUAUUAAAUGUCUAUUAUUUUAAGAUUAGCAUGUAAUGCGCUGAAUUUAUAAAAUACAGGGUAAGGGGUUUAUUUCAACAUGUAUUACCAGGGUGGAGGAAAUAUCGUAAGCAUUUAUAGUUUUAUUGGUUAGGGGUAAGUCAAGUCCAAUACAAUGCUUUAACCUUACCUUUAUCACAUGAUCCAUAAAGGGACCACUCUGAACAUUUCUCUACACCAGUGUUCUAUUCAUACAGGGGUUUAAAUAUUCACUCUAGUGUUCUAUUUAACAGCAUAUUCGGAAAUAAUACUCUCAUCUUUCAUAUCUCCAUACAGAGUCCCUAUAUAACAUUAUAAAUCUUUAGUUAUCCACGUCCACACCACCUGCAACGAUCACAGCGCAGUAGCCCGAGAGGUACACAUUUCAUGUUCUCGAGGAAAUCUCACUGUCCGGGGGCAUCAAUUAACUUCAUUUUUACAGUCCCAUUGAUUUGCAUUUUAAUGAGGGAAAUAAGUAUUUGACCCCCUCUCAAUCAGAAAGAUUUCUGGCUCCCAGGUGUCUUUUAUACAGGUAACGAGCUGAGAUUAGGAGCACACUCUUAAAGGGAGUGCUCCUAAUCUCAGCUUGUUACCUGUAUAAAAGACACCUGUCCACAGAAGCAAUCAAUCAUUCAGAUUCCAAACUCUCCACCAUGGCCAAGACCAAAGAACUCUCCAAGGAUGUCAGGGACAAGAUUGUAGACCUACACAAGGCUGGAAUGGGCUACAAGACCAUCGCCAAGCAGCUUGGUGAGAAGAUUUGCAAAUGGAAGAAACACAAAAGACCUGUCAAUCUCUCUCUGCCUGGGGCUCCAUGCAAGAUCUCACCUCGUGGAGUUGCAAUGAUCAUGAGAACAGUGAGGAAUCAGCCCAGAGCUACACGGGAGGAUCUUGUCAAUGAUCUCAAGGCAGUUGGGACCAUAGUCACCAAGAAAACAAUUGGUAACACAUUACGCCGUGAAGGACUGAAAUCCUGCAGCGCCCGCAAGGUCCCCCUGCUCAAGAAAGCACAUAUACAGGCCCGUCUGAAGUUUGCCUAUGAACAUCUGAAUGAUUCAGAGGAGAACUGGGUGAAAGUGUUGUGGUCAGAUGAGAUCAAAAUCGAGCUCUUUGGCAUCAACUCAACUCGCCGUGUUUGGAGGAGGAGGAAUGCUGCCUAUGACCCCAAGAACACCAUCCCCACCGUCAAACAUGGAGGUGGAAACAUUAUGCUUUGGGGGUGUUUUUCUGCUAAGGGGACAGGACAACUUCACCGCAUCAAAGGGACGAUGGACGGGGCCAUGUACCGUCAAAUCUUGGGUGAGAACCUCCUUCCCUCAGCCAGGGCAUUGAAAAUGGGUCGUGGAUGGGUAUUCCAGCAUGACAAUGACCCAAAACACACGGCCAAGGCAACAAAGGAGUGGCUCAAGAAGAAGCACAUUAAGGUCCUGGAGUGGCCUAGCCAGUCUCCAGACCUUAAUCCCAUAGAAAAUCUGUGGAGGGAGCUGAAGGUUCGAGUUGCCAAACGUCAGCUUCGAAACCUUAAUGACUUGGAGAAGAUCUGCAAAGAGGAGUGGGACAAAAUCCCUCCUGAGAUGUGUGCAAACCUGGUGGCCAACUACAAGAAACGUCUGACCUCUGUGAUUGCCAACAAGGGUUUUGCCACCAAGUACUAAGUCAUGUUUUGCAGAGGGGUCAAAUACUUAUUUCCCUCAUUAAAAUGCAAAUCAAUUUAUAACAUUUUUGACAUGUGUUUUUCUGGAUUUUGUUGUUGUUAUUCUGUCUCUCACUGUUCAAAUAAACCUACCAUUAAAAUUAUAGACUGAUCAUGUCUUUGUCAGUGGGCAAACGUGCAAAAUCAGCAGGGGAUCAAAUACUUUUUCCCUCACUGUACAUAUAUAAUAACCUUAGAUAAUGCAGAUCGAAAAACUCAGCUAACAGAACUGGUUGGGGAAUUCAUUCAGACACACAAUCAGUAAUCUCCCAUAUUACCUCUUUCACACCCUAGCUAGUCCCCUGACAGCUCCCAUUCACUCAGUACUUAAUAGUCUUAUUAUCUCAAUUUCAAUCCUCUUAUUAUCCAAAUUCCAAUUCUCUUAUUAUCCAAAUUUCACUCCUCUUGUUAUCCAAAUUUCAAUCAAUCAGCUUAUUAUCCAAAUUUCAAUCAGCUUAACACAUCCUUUCCACACUCACACAACUUUCACAUCCACAUUCACUUAGUACUAUUCCCAAACACACUCAGUAAUCUCCCUUAUUACUCCAUGUGCAUCUUCAACGAUCCUCCUGUCGUUAUUUCCUAUGCACCAUAUGUAUCUCCUAUACAUAUAGAAUAGCACCUUGUGCUAUUGUUAGUGGCUGCAGACAGCUGUCAGCAGGGCUUUCCAUGGCACCGUUACUUUCCCUCGCUAUAGUCUUCUCUCUAAGACUAGCUCUAGCCUUCUUCUGUCAUAUGUAUUACUGCCACAGUUCCUCUAGUCUCUACAGUCGCCAUAGUCGCUACAGUAUCUAUACUCUUUAUUGUAUCUAUAGUCUCACUUAUCUAUAGUCUCUCAGUGUCUAUAGUGUCAGUAGUUUAUGUAGUCAUAAAUGCUAUGGUCCAUAUAGAUUCUAUAGUCUUGCCGUAUGCAUAUAGAAAAACACAUGCACCUUCACACAUUCACUCAGUACUUAUUAUCCAAAUUUCAAUCAGCUUAUUAUCCAAAUUUCAAUCACUUAUCUAAUAUUUCUUAAUAUCCAAAUUUAAAUAUUUUAUUAUCCAAAUUUCAAUCAGCUUAAUAGCCAAAUUUCAAGCCUGUUAUCAACCCAAUUUCAAUCAGCUUAAUACUUUCCACACUCACACAACUCACAUCCACAUCCACUUCGUGCUAUCACUUGACUUAGGACUAGUUGCACCAUACUCCAUUUUUAUGUUUAAAAAACAAAUACAAAUUCAUUUAAAUUGACUUACUGAAAUCGGUUGCCGUGUCCCUCAAUUGUUCGCAGAUUAUGUGUCUCCUACUGGGCAGCUCACAGUAAGGGUCUGGGGGGGUCUCGUACUCUUUUGGUCAGAUGGGAAUUUCCCUCACGCGUCAUAAAAUGUGACACCGGUUUUCCUCGCAGACCCUCACUGGAAAGCUCCGCAGGCAGAAUCAAUCAUCCUGUUAGUUGACACCAAAUUGUUGUGGAAAUUCUACACAUGGACACUCGAAGUCAAUCUUAAAUGAAUAACUCUUUAUUAACAGCAUGUUGGAGAGGUUCCAACGAACUCAAUGCACCAUUGUACACAUGUCGGUCAGGAGCUCUACCGAGGCAGUCCCGUUUGUUCUCUUAUAUACUGCAGACAAGUUAUAUUUGCAUGAUUUAGCUUAUUCAUCAUUAACGUUUGCUUCAUUCAUGUGACUGACCAAUACUGGGUCAUGCAUGUGACAGACCAAUACGUCGCGAGGCUUCUUCUCUCUAAGCUGAGACCUUGAAACUGAGAUACCUUUCGUUCUCAAAACAAGGGUCUGGGCAUACUGCCAAAUUGCAGAUACUGAUAGUGAGGAUUCGUUCAAUCAGUCACUUGAAUGAACACAGAAAUUGGUUAUUAAAAAAGCACAAACAUAGAACACAGAAAUUGGUUAUUAGAAAAGCACAAACAUACAAUUUUCCAUCACACUAUGAUAGGGCAACUGUGUAACAAUGAUAGGGCAUCUAUGUAGCUCUGAUAGGGCAUCUAUGUAACCAUGAUAGGGCUCCUAUGUAAUUCUGAUUGGGCAUCUAUGUAACUAUGAUAGGGCUUCUAUGUCCAACUAUCUCUCACAGUCUCACGUCAGAAUUACAGUGGGGGAAAAAAAGUAUUUAGUCAGCCACCAAUUGUGCAAGUUCUCCCACUUAAAAAGAUGAGAGAGGCCUGUAAUUUUCAUCAUAGGUACACGUCAACUAUGACAGACAAAUUGAGAAGAAAAAAAAUCCAGAAAAUCACAUUGUAGGAUUUUUAAUGAAUUUAUUUGCAAAUUAUGGUGGAAAAUAAGUAUUUGGUCACCUACAAACAAGCAAGAUUUCUGGCUCUCAAAGACCUGUAACUUCGUCUUUAAGAGGCUCCUCUGUCCUCCACUCGUUACCUGUAUUAAUGGCACCUGUUUGAACUUGUUAUCAGUAUAAAAGACACCUGUCCACAACCUCAAACAGUCACACUCCAAACUCCAUUAUGGCCAAGACCAAAGAGCUGUCAAAGGACACCAGAAACAAAAUUGUAGACCUGCACCAGGCUGGGAAGACUGAAUCUGCAAUAGGUAAGCAGCUUGGUUUGAAGAAAUCAACUGUGGGAGCAAUUAUUAGGAAAUGGAAGACAUACAAGACCACUGAUAAUCUCCCUCGAUCUGGGGCUCCACGCAAGAUCUCACCCCGUGGGGUCAAAAUAAUCACAAGAACGGUGAGCAAAAAUCCCAGAACCACACAGGGGGACCUAGUGAAUGACCUGAAGAGAGCUGGGACCAAAGUAACAAAGCCUACCAUCAGUAACACACUACGCCGCCAGGGACUCAAAUCCUGCAGUGCCAGACGUGUCCCCCUGCUUAAGCCAGUACAUGUCCAGGCCCGUCUGAAGUUUGCUAGAGUGCAUUUGGAUGAUCCAGAAGAGGAUUGGGAGAAUGUAAUAUGGUCAGAUGAAACCAAAAUAUAACUUUUUGGUAAAAACUCAACUCGUCGUGUUUGGAGGACAAAGAAUGCUGAGUUGCAUCCAAAGAACACCAUACCUACUGUGAAGCAUGGGGGUGGAAACAUCAUGCUUUGGGGCUGUUUUUCUGCAAAGGGACCAGGACGACUGAUCCGUGUAAAGGAAAGAAUGAAUGGGGCCAUGUAUCGUGAGAUUUUGAGUGAAAACCUCCUUCCAUCAGCAAGGGCAUUGAAGAUGAAACGUGGCUGGGUCUUUCAGCAUGACAAUGAUCCCAAACACACCGCCCGGGCAACGAAGGAGUGGCUUCGUAAGAAGCAUUUCAAGGUCCUGGAGUGGCCUAGCCAGUCUCCAGAUCUCAACCCCAUAGAACAUCUUUGGAGGGAGUUGAAAGUCCGUGUUGCCCAGCGACAGCCCCAAAACAUCACUGCUCUAGAGGAGAUCUGCAUGGAGGAAUGGGCCAAAAUACCAGCAACAGUGUGUGAAAACCUUGUGAAGACUUACAGAAAACGUUUGACCUGUGUCAUUGCCAACAAAGGGUAUAUAACAAAGUAUUGAGAAACGUUUGUUAUUGACCAAAUACUUAUUUUCCACCAUAAUUUGCAAAUAAAUUCAUUAAAGAUCCUACAAUGUGAUUUUCUGGAUUUUUUUUUCUCAUUUUGUCUGUCAUAGUUGACGUGUACCUAUGAUGAAAAUUACAGGCCUCUCUCAUCUUUUUAAGUGGGAGAACUUGCACAAUUGGUGGCUGACUAAAUAAUUUUUUUCCCCACUGUAUAUGUUCAUCCAUGUUUCUCAAAUGUCAGAUUUCGAAGUUGUUGCAAACGUCAAAUUUCCAAGUGUUUAAAGUUAAGUUUAGGCAUUAACUCCGAAAUCUUAAGGUUAGUUAUUAACUCCGAAUGGUUAAGGUAAGGAUUAAGGUUUGGGAUAGGCUUAAAACAAUAAUCUCAAAAUAUUUUUUUUUGCUGGAUUUGAACUUUCAACCUUUGGAAUCAGAGGCAAAUGCUUACGCCCAUUUGCCAUUCCCGUCCACAACGCUAGAGCAAAACCUACUUGAAGGUAACAGCGCUCACUGUUGCCCCUAGUAGCUGGUUUCCACGUCAUCUCCCAACAUCCUCAGACACGGAUGGAUGUUGAAUACUGACUUGUAUCACGGGUGACCAGGCUGUCUAUGUCAGUUUUUCCUGACCUAGGGCCCGCACCAAAAUUUCCUGGGGGGCCGCAGGGCCUUAUUUGAUUUUACCAUUCCCUCUAACCAACAAAGGACAAGCAACAGCAGCAGCAGAAGAAGAAGUAGAAGAGUAGAGGGAGUGCUAGUCACUUCAGAUCUAGUAUUCAAACUCAACAGUGUCAAAGAAAUGAAUACAGUAUAUUAUGGCCUGCCUAUGAACCCCAUACAUCAUGAUGUCACUUACCAAACCAUGAGGUGGUGCAUUAACCUUGAUCUCUAUCCAUGCUGCUCCCUCAGAGGACAAGCAGAAGAAGAAGAAGCAGGGAAAGGAGAAGAGUGCAGGAGAGAGAGAGGGCAGCAAGACCCUGCAGCGCUCCAAGACCUUCGUUAGCCUCCUUUUCAGGAGAGACCGCAGGAGAGACAUAUCCAGGAACAAGAGAGAGAGAGACACAUCAAGGGACAGUAGAGACACAGGGACAGGGGACUCCCACAGGGGGCGAUCUAAAUCACCUUCCCACCAUGCUGACAAAGGUGAGAGGGCCAAGAUACACUGCCACAACUGCAUAGAACACACAUCUACACUCACUUGCACAACCACACAAACACAUGAAUGCAUGCAUGUUAGCAAUCAGAUACACAAAAGCACCAGUCCUUCCAUCUCAGACUGGAGACAUUCACGCCCAUAUCCCCUUUCAAUCUUAAUCAUAGCCUCGACCCUAACCCUAACCCUAGCUUAA